CCCUCUCUCGCCUCGCCUCGCCUCUCUUACCGGAGCCCUCGUCCCCACCCACCGCCCGCGCAGUUACCAGAGAGAGGGACUGCUCGAUCGUCCCGUCGCCAUGACCCCGACGACGGCGCUUGCGCUUGCAUUGGAGGCUCCGCCGCCCGCGAUGAUCAUCGAGGACGCGGCACCGACAGAGGAGUCUAGCAGCGGCGGCGGAGGAGGAGGAGAUGGCGCGCCGGAGCGGCGGUCCCGGUUCCGGCGGAUCUGCGUCUACUGCGGCAGCGCCAAGGGGAAGAAGGCCAGCUACCAGGACGCCGCCGUCGACCUCGGCAACCAGCUGGUGGAGAGGGGCAUAGACCUGGUCUACGGAGGUGGGUCCAUCGGCCUCAUGGGCUUGGUCUCCCAUGCAGUUCAUGCUGGAGGUGGCCAUGUCAUUGGGAUAAUUCCAAAAUCACUCAUGCCAAGAGAGGUAACCGGAGAGCCUGUCGGGGAAGUUAGAGCUGUUUCUGGCAUGCAUGAGAGGAAGGCCGAGAUGGCUCGGUUUGCUGAUGCUUUUAUUGCUUUACCAGGUGGCUACGGAACCCUGGAGGAGUUGCUUGAGGUCAUCACUUGGGCACAGCUAGGAAUCCAUAAGAAGCCGGUUGGCCUUUUGAACGUUGACGGAUUCUAUGAUCCUCUUCUAUCGUUCAUCGACUUGGCUGUUAAUGAAGGCUUCAUCACGGAGGAGGCGAGGCGCAUCAUCAUAUGGGCUCCGACAGCCAAGGAGCUAGUUUUGAAAUUGGAGGACUACGUCCCCGAGUAUGAUGUUGGCUUGGUUUGGGAGGACCAGAAGCAGAAUAACCUGGUCCCUGGGCUGGAGUCUGGGAUCACUUCAUCCUGAUCUUCCAGCCUCUGCAUGCCUAGUGUUACACUAACUAAUCGGUGACGAAGCUGCAAAUAUUUUGUUCUUGUCCUGAUCAAAGUGUAAUGGAAGGGAUCAAGGGGACACCAGACCAUUGGGUUGGUGAUCUCAAUGUGCUGGCACUAUUAAUGGCUGUUUGGUGGCAUAACAUGACUAGCAAGCAGUCCAGUGCUGUAGAUCUUGCAUAACAUACAUGAUUAGCAUUCCAGUGCUUUAGAGAUCUUAUGGUGAUCGUGGAAGGAAUAUAGUACAUAUUAUUAUCAUCCAAGCUAGGUAGUGGUAUGUUGCAGGUUCUGGAUUUUGUAUUGCCCAUGUUACGCUGCGUGCGUGACCAUUCUGAAUCCUCUGGUGGUGCACAACGGUUUCUAACGAGCUGUCACGUUCGAUUUUUUAAAAGAAUAAUCAUUGU